AUGCCUUUGGAGUCGAAAUGGGCAGAUGCCUCUUCUGAUGAAGAGGAACAGGUACCAAAAGUUUCACCAAAGAAGAACAAUUUAAAUAACAGACAUCGUAAUGGAAAUCGUGAGAAGAAGAAGGACACUACUUCGUUUAUUGACAAUGAUAAACCUUCUAUUAGUUUUAGUGGUGGUAAAUUAGUGGUUCUUGAUGAAGGUAACGAAAAGGGCCAGAAAUCGAUGACAAAAAAAUAUAGCAAUGGUAAUAAUAAGAAUAAAAAUAACAGUAAAGAUAAAUUAUCAGAUCAAGAAACCAAACCUAAUAUAGUUUUAAGGGGCGGCAAACUGAUCAUUGAGGAUAAUAAGGAAAUAGGGAAUGGUAAGAAAAUAAAAGAACAAUUGCCAAAACAAUCCAAGCUUGAAUUAUUGAAAAAAAAAAUUGAUGAACAGAAGACGAUUUAUAAGAAACAUCAACAUGAAGAGGAACAGAAGCAACUUUUAUCUGAUUUCCUAAAUGGUGAUGAUAAGUUUAGUUGGGAUGAUGAAGAUGAGGAAGAAGAAAUUCUGAAUCGUAUAACAAAUUCCUUAAAGGUAUAG